AUGUCUGAAAACGAUCAUAUUAUCACUUAUGUAACUGACCUUAAACUUCGCUCUUCUUAUACCAGAAUUGCCGAUAUUAUGUUCACCAGACCGAAUGGAACACGAAGUGAAAAUAUUAUCAUCAAGGAUAUUACUUCAACCAACGAAAAGCGAUUCAGUUUAUCUAACAGGAUAACAAAAAUUCCAAAAGAUCCUGAAUCAUUGGGCGACAUUAUUAAAACCCAAGAUGCAAAAGCAAAAUCUUUAGCAACGGGCGUUGAUCGAAAAAUUGUCGUAAUUAAAAAUGGAACAUCAUUAAAUACAAGUGUAUCUAAUAGCAUGAACACACUUAGUAUUUCGUCGAGCACUAGCGUCACAUACAAUUCUGCUUAUUGUUCUAGUUCUCUGUCUCUUAUGAGUUCAUUAGAGGGAUCAAUGUCAAGCAUUUCGGUGAGCGAUAAAAAUACAAGUAUUCAUAAGCCUGGGGGAUCUAAUCAUAUGAGCACAAAAGCAACGAGCCCACGACUUGAAUACAAAGUAUUUAAAGUAACCCAAACAACUGUUGAUGAAGUUAAUAUGACUGUUGAUCAAUCUACCCUGAAUACAGCAAGUGAAAACCCUAACGAGUCUACAGAUGUACUUAGUUCGCUCGAUAUUUCAAAUAUAAUGGCGAAGAUUCUAAAGAAAAAGAGAUUUUCUGAUGCUUCAAACAUUUUUAUAAUAGUCCCAACGUCUACCAAUAGCGGUUCAGAAGCCGCUUCCGAAAGCCUCAAGUCUGUUACUAGUCGCACAUCUAAAGACACUCAUGUUAUAGCUGAACGUUGCACUCUUGUGGACUUGGACACACCGCUGCGAAAAACGCCGAUAAUCCAACAUGAAAUGAAAGUUUUAGGAAAGGGUAAGAAAUUUUAUAUGGAAGAAAUACACACAUCAGAAUCAUCAACUGAGUUCGAGAAAGAAUCAGUUGAGGUUCUUAGAAAAGUUGAAUGGAGCAAAAAUAAGUAUUGUCAAAUGGCCGCAUCGACUACCAAGUUACAAAUAUUUGGGAAGACAGAUGUAGAUUUUGGUACAGAUACAACGAUGGAUAGGCCAUGUUGCUGUUGUGCAAAGAUAUCCACCGCUACCUUUGUGGUUCAAAACUGCAGCAGUUCCAAGGACAAAUAUAUAGCCAAUGUUAUGUCCAGGAAAAGCACCCCAUUAUUUCUGAAGGGUAAAGCAUCCCGCUGGUUUCGUUCUUUGGGGAGGCGUGCGCCAUCUUUUUCUACGCUUCCGAGCGAUAUGCGUAUGUGCUCUAAUUGCGGAUUGUAUCACAAACCUACAAACCAUUCUCAAGAUGAAUGUGAAGAGCCCAACUGCUUACCGUGUGAAUCUGAAUAUUUCUGUCCACAUAUUCCUAUGCCAUGUUCUUCUUAUACAGAACAUCCAAAUUCAAGAUUAAAAACUCCACACGUAGAGUCAAUGCAGCUCAGAGGUAGAGUUGGUAAACAACUUCAUGUCAGACCAGUAGAGUCUGUAGGGGGAUUACUCUGCGAGUGCAGUGGUACAAAAUCAAUAACAGUUAACCGGAAAGUAGAUAUAUGCCCACGUUGUGACCUAUUGGAGGAGACUGAAUCAGGCUCUGUAGAGGGAAUGAUGUCAAAAGGUAUGAUAACGGAUUUAAAGGGCUUUGAGAUAGUUGAUCUUCAGUGUAACAACAUGUCUCCGGAAGAAAGAAUACUAUUUGAAACUGCUGUUAAAAAAAUUGCUGCGCAGGCGGGGACUCGAAUUGUUGAACAGCCGAGCGAACAAACAAGACGACAGCCAAGUGAGCAGCCAAGUUCAGAACCAACACAAGAGCUAAUGGAACAACCAAUACUUAAAUCAAACAGACAACCACACAGAAAGAAGAAAAGGAAGAAUACAACCUCGCAACAACCUUCGGAGCCUAAAGGAUGUGAUCUUCUUGAAGGUUUGGGCGAAAAAAAACUAACCUGUCAGCAUUUAGAGCCAAAAGAACUUACGAAAAGAGAACCGAAAGAACCUACUAGUACAGAGCCAAAAGCACCUACUAAAAUAAAUUCGAAAGAACCUACUAAACCAGAUUGUCUAGAUAAUCUCGUAGAUUUUCAAAAGAAAGAAAGCCGUAAGUAUUCAGAGUCAAAAGAACUUACUAAAAGAGAACCGAAAGAACACGCUAGAACUGAGUCGAACGCACCUACUAAAAUCGAAUCGAAAAAACCUACUAAACCUCUCGACUGUUUCGACGAAAAAAAACGAAGCCGUCACCAUUCACAGUCAAAAGAACUUACUAAAAGAGAAUCGAAAGAACAUACUAGAACAGAGCCAAAUAAGAUAGAAAGCCGUAAGUAUUCAGAGUCAAAAGAACUUACCAGAAGUGAACCGAAAGAAGCCGCUAGAACUGAGUCGAACGCACUUACUAAAAUCGAAUUGAAAGAACCUACUAAGCCUCUCGACUGUUUCGACGAAAAAAAACGAAGCCGUCACCAUUCACAGCCAAAAGAACUUACUAAAACAGAACCAGAAGAACAUACUAGAACAGACCCGAAAACUCCUACUGAAAUCAAAUCGAAAGAACCUAUUAAAACAGAUUGUGCAUGUAAUGAUGUCGCAGGUUUGGACAAAAAAAAACAAGGCCAUCAUCAGCAUUCAGAACAAAAAGAAUCGAAGGAACCCUCUAGAACAAAGGCGAAAGCACCUACUAACAUCAAAUCGAAAGAACCUGUUAAACCAGAUUGUUUAUGUGAUGAUCUUGUAGAUUUAGGUGAAAAGAAAGAAAGCCGUAAGCAUUCUGAGUCGAAAGAACUUACUAAAAGAGAACCGAAAGAAUCCACUAAAACUGAAUUCAAAGCACCUACUAAAACAGAACCAGAAGAACGUAUUAAAACCGAGAAAAAAGCACCUAUUAAAUCAGAUCGUGCAUAUGAUGAUCUCGCAGGUUUCGACGAAAAAAAAGAAAGCCGUCAGCAUUCAGAGCCAAAAGAACUAACUAAAAGAGAACCGAAAAAACCUACUUGUACAGAGCUAAAACCACCUACUAAAAUAAAAUCGAAAGAUCAUAUAAAAUCAGAUUAUGAUGAUUUUAAAGGUGAAAAGAAAAAAAGCUUUAAGCUUUCAGAGUCGAAAGAACUUACUAAAAGAGAACCAAAAGAACCCAUUAGAACUGAGUCGAAAGCACCUACUCAAACAGAACCAAAAGAAAGUAUUAAAGCAGAGCAAAAAGCACCUACUAAAUCAGAUUGUGAACGUAAUGAUAUUGCAGGCUUGGACAAAAAUAAAGAAAGCUGUCAGCAUGUGGAGCCAAAAGAACUAACUAAAAGAGAACCGAAACCUACUAGUCCAGAGCCAAAAUCACCUACUAAAAUCAAAUCGAAAGAAAAUAGAAAACCAGAGUGUGAUGAUUUUAAAGGCGAAAAGAAAAAACGCUCUAAGCAUUCAGAGCCGAAAGAACUUACUAAAAGAGAAUCAGCUUGUGUAAGCCAUGAUGUCAUAAGUUUUGACGAAAGUAGAGAAAGCCUUAUUAAGCAUUCAGAGCUCAAGGCACCUACUGAAUCAGACUGUGUAUGUGAUGACGUCGGAGAUUUUGGCGUAAAGAAAGGAAGUCGUCAGAACCUGCAGGUCAAGGCACCCACUGAAUCAGACUGUGUAUGUGAUGACGUCGGAGAUUCUGGCGUAAAGAAAGGAAGCCGUAAGAACCCGCAGAUCAAGGCACCUACUGAAUCAGACUGUGUAUGUGAUGACGUCAGUGAUUUCGGCGUAAAGAAUGGAAGCCGUAAGCAUUUAGAGCCAAGUCAACCUACUCAACCAGGUUGUGAACGGCAUAAUGUCAUAGGUUUUGACGAAAAUAUAGAUCCACAGCUCAAGGCACCUACUAAAUCAGACUGUACAUGUAAUGACGUCAGAAAUUUUGGAAUAAAGAAAGGAAGCCGUAAGCAGCCACAGCUCAAGGCACCCACUGUUUCAGAAAGCUCAUAUAAUGACGUUAGUGAUUUUAGCAUAAAGAAAGGAAGCCGUAAGCAUCCUCAGCCCAAGGCACCUUCUGUUUCAGAAAGCUCAUAUAAUGAUGUUAGUGACUUUAGCAUAAAGAAAGGAAGUCGUAAGCAUCCCCAGCCCAAGGCACCUAUUCAAGAAGGCAGUGCGUAUGAAGGUGUAAGUAAUUUUGGCGGAAAAAAAGGAAGCCGUAAGCAUCUGCAGGUAAAAGCACCUACUGAAUCAGACUGUGUAUGUGAUGACGUCAGUGAUUUUGGCGUAAAGAAAGGAAGCCGUAAGUAUCCACAGGCCAAGACACCUACUGAAUCAAAUUGUGUAUGUGAUGACGUCGAAGAUCCUGGCGUAAAGAAAGGAAGCCGUAAGAACCUGCAGGUCAAGGCAUCUACUGAAUCGGACUGUGUAUGUGAUGACGUCGGAGAUUUUGGUGUAAAGAAAGUAUGCCGUAAGCAUCCACAGCUCAAGGCACCCACUGUUUCAGAAAGCUCAUAUGAUGACGUUAGUGAAUUUAGCAUAAAGAAAGUGCGUAGUUUUAUUCAGAAAAGAAGCCGUAAAUAUUUAGGACCGAAAGUACUUCCUAAGUCAUUGCCGAGUGGACCUACUCAUCCGGGCUGUGCAUGCUAUGAUGACAUAGGUUUUGACGAAAGUAAAAGAAGCUGUAAUCAUUCUCAUCUCAAGCUACCUACUGAAUCAGACUGUGUAUGUGAUGACGUCAGUGAUUUUAGCGUAAAGAAAGGAAGCCGUAAGUAUUUAGGGCCGAAAGUACUUACUAAAUCAUUGCCGAGUGAACCUACUCGACCAGGUUGUUCAUGCCAUGGUGAGACAUGUUUUGGAGUAAAGAAAGAAAGCCGUAAGCAUUUAGAGUCAAAAGUACUUAAUAAACCAUUGCUGAAUCAACCUACUCAACCGAGUUGUGUAUGCCAUGAUGACAUGGGUUAUGACGAAAGUAAAGAAAGCCGUAGACCUAAAAAAUCUAAAGUGAAACCCUAUGCUAUGGAGGCAUCUAGCAGCAGUAAAGGAGAAUGUGUAUGUCAUGAUGUCGUAAAUUCACGAUACAGUUGUUGGUCGGGACCUCACCAAAUUUCAAAGACUCCAAGAAAAAAAUGCAGGCCUUGGCAACUUACGCAACUUCUAAAAAAAUCUAAACCUAAGAUCAAAUCAGGAUUCUCUUCUUCAAAGGAAAAAACUUCCUCUUCACAAGUGGACUGUCCAUGUAGUCAUUUUGCCUUACAAAGAAAAAAAGAAAUUGGAAUAAGGAAAUCUGCAUUAAAAUCAAGUACAUGUGGAUGCAACGAAUGUAAAAUGAAUAACGAACGAAAUUUUUCAAAGACAAAAAAAUCCAUUACGAUAAUUGAUCCAAAAUAUGACACAAAGCCGCAACCUAUUGACCAUACCGGACUAACACCUAAAUGUCAAUCGGACUCUGACACCGACAAAGUACCACCUGUGUUUGGGUCAGGAGCAGCGUUAUCCGAAAAUCUGCCCUCAAAACCCGACGGAAAUCAAAAUGUGCACCCAGAGGAAAUGCUUUCGUGUGAAUGUUCCGAACAAGAGCCACAGCCUAAACUAGUACCACAGCCCGAAAAAGUGCCACAGCCCCAAAAACUCCCACAAUCCGGACAAGUGGAACAGCCUGAACAAGUGCCAGAGCCCCAAAAAGUGCCACAGCCCGAACAAGUAGCAAAUUUGCCCGUAAAGCCCGACGGAAAACAAAAUAAGCACAAAAAGAAAAAGAUUUUGUGUGAAUGUCCCGAACAAGUAGCACAGCCCGAACAAGAGCCACAACAAGUAGCAAAUCUGCCACAAAAACCCGAUGAAAAACAAAAUGAGCACCCAAAGAAAAAGUUGCCGUGUGAAUGUCCCGAACAAGUGCCACAGACCAAUCAGGUGCCACAGACCGAUCAAGAGCCACAGCCCGAACAAGUAGCACAAUCCGAAACUCCACCGGAGCCUCAGAUUGUACUAGAAGUUCCAUCUGCUGUUAUAUCUGAAGAGUACCUUUAUCCAGGGAUUGGGCCUAGCUGUGCAUGGAUAGAGUCUGAUGAGAUGAUGAAAUUAAGGUCCGACUUAACGGCAGUAAAAUCAGGUUUUAGAGCGCGAAAGAAGAAGAGAAAACCGAAUAUUGAGUUAGACUUUGAAGAUGCCAUCAGAUACUUUGCUUGUUUGAAUCCUGAAAAAUUCAAAGAGUUGAUGCAAGACGAACUAGAUAAACAGGUCGAUGCUGAGGUUAGUAAGAGAAAAAAUGAAAAAAAGUUAAAGAAAAAACAAGAAAAAGAAAUGAAAAAGUUGGAAAAGGAAAGAAAAAAGCCAGAGAAGAAAAAGCAAAAAAUAUUUGGUAUAAGGACUAAAAAGAAAAAAGAAGCGUUACAAUCGCCGGAGACUUCCGAGGAAAUAACAAAUAUGUAUCCUGAAAAAGGAUUUAAAUUAACCAUAGCAGGCCCGUGUACACCAGGCCCCUUAGGUACGUUGUGCUUCGAAAUGACUCGAGUAGCUUACUUAUCGUGGUGA